AUGGCCGUCGCGAAGCACGUGGCGGAGGCGCACGAGGACGGCAUCUGGACCUGCGCCUGGACGAAGCAGGGCCACAUCGUCACGGGCUCCGUCGACGAGUGCUGCAGCGUCUGGGACGCGAACACGCUCGAGCAAAAAAAGACCUUCAAGAAGAACCUGCUCGGCGUCGUCUCCGUCGUGAGCAACUCCGACGGCAAGACCAUCGCCACGAGCUCCAUCGACAGCGUGCUCCGCUUCUGGAACCCCCUGUCCGAGUCGUCGGAGCCCGUCGGCUUCAUCGACGCCGGCCCCGUCGAGGCGUGGACGCUGAGCUUCCACCCCGACGACAAGACGGUGAUUUCGGGCACGCAGAAGGGCACGGUGAACGUCUGGGACGUCGAGAGCUGCCAGAAGACCCAGUCCUUCAAGGGCUCGUCCGGCGAGGGCGUCGACGCCUUCGUCAUGUCCGUGGCGUACUCGCCCGACGGCGCGCAGAUCGCCACGGGCGGCCUCAACGGCGCCAUCAACGUCUGGGACGCCAAGAGCGGCGACAAGGCCGCAGAGUUCGAGGGCCACGAGCUGCCCGUGCGGUCCAUCUCCUGGAGUCCCGACGGCCAGGUGCUGCUGAGCGCGUGCGACGACUCGACGGUCCAGGCCUACGACGUGGCGCGGCCGGGCAAGCCCUUCGAGACCUUCUACGCGCACCGGUCCUGGGCCCUCGGCGUCGCCUUCUCGCCGGACAACCGCCACUUCGCGACGUGCUCGUCCGACCGCACCGUCAAGAUCUGGGACCUCAACAUGAAGACCUGCGUCGCCGAGAUGAUGGGCCACCAGGACCAGGUCUGGGAGGUCGCCUACUCGCCCGACGGCGGCGAGCUCUGCUCCUGCGCCGACGACGGCGCGGUCCAGGUCUACUCCAUCGCCGCGGCGCAGGCCGCCGCCGCCGAGGCCGAGAAGAAGGACGCGGGGGAGAAGGAGGCCGCCGCCGCGCCCGCCUAG